UAGCUCGCUUAACUAACUUGUUUACCUGCCACGAUACACAUUCGACAAAAGAGCGUUCAAGAGUUACAAGUAAGUUCAAGGAUGUCGACAAGAGUGUUUUCGGGAGAAGAGUUGACUGUGUGUGAGCAGGUUGGAAAAGGAGGGUUUGGUGUUGUUUACAGAGGCCUUAUAAAAACUACUAACGAAGAGGUUGCAAUUAAGCAAAUUGACUUAGAGAAUGACCAAACCGAUUUAUAUGAAAUCAAUAAAGAAAUUCAAAUUAUAAGCGAAUGUCGGCUUCCUCAAAUCACUAGGUUCAUGGGGUGUUUUGUGAAGAACUACAAGCUAUGGGUGAUCAUGGAAUUUGUUAAUGGCGGCUCGUUAUUUGAGUUGUUGUUUCCAGGCCCAGUUCAAGACGAGAAAAUUAUCCUGAUAAUUGCCAAAGAAAUUUUGAUAGCUUUGGAAUACUUGCACAAUCAAGGUAAGAUUCAUAGAGACUUGAAGUCCCAGAACAUCUUAUUGAGUUCGAGUGGUGAGGUGAAAUUGACUGACUUUGGUGUAUCUACGCAAUUGUCUUCCAAUUUCUCCAGAAGAAACACCACUGUUGGUACGCCAUAUUGGAUGGCUCCGGAGGUUAUUUUGAAUAAUAAUGGUGGCCACAAUAGUAAAGCUGACAUGUGGUCAUUGGGUUGCUGCUUAUAUGAAUUAUUUCAAGGCAAACCACCUUUACAAAAUCAAUAUCCGCCAAUGAAGGCAUUGAGAUAUAUUUCAAGAUGUAUCAAAGACGAGGAUUUUGCGCAGUUGAUUGACUUGGAUUCCUUACAGAUCUCAGAUAACUUCAGGGACUUUUUGCUGAAGUGCUUUAUUAUUGAUCCCAAGGAAAGGUUUAGUGCUUCCAAGCUUUUGAAGCAUAAGUUCAUCACCAAAAACACUACUCUGUCAGUUGAACAACAAAAACUUGUCAAGGGUUUGAUCACAAGAAAGCACUUAUGGGAUCAAGAGAAUCAUGUUUUGAAAACUCAGAAGUUCUACUUACCAACAGAAAUGGUGGAAAAUCAGCAGAAGUGGGCCACUGAGGAAAGUGAAGAGAAUGCAGAGACAAUAAAGUUCGAUAUCUCCACUAUCAGUUACUCUAAUAGUAGUGAUUAUCCAAGUCCAAAGUCCAGCACACAUAGUUCUUCUGUUUCGCCGCCUUCGACUCUCGAUACAGAGGUUGAAACUACCCGUCAAACUACAGAUUUUUCCAAGAAAAAAGCCAACUACCAAACCUUAACCGAAAAUAACUCCAAACAAAAAAACUUGGUAAAGACCGUUCAGCCUGAACUCAAUCGAAUCCUCAAUAAGGUCUUUCAUAAGCUUGAAACCAGGAACAAUUUAUCCACUGAACAAUAUGACUUAUUGGUCACAUUAAAUCAGACAAUCGUGGAGCUAUUUACCUUUUCCAACUAUGAUCCUAAAAGUAACUCUAGCAACAAAAUUCUUGUGUGCCAGUAUGUUAAGUACUUUUUGAAAGAAUUGACGAAAACGGAGAACGUUGAUAACUCUAGACUAAUGCUUCAAAAAAUGAUAAUACCUUCAGACAUGAAAAAUUUUUCAGACAUUAACGAAACCAUCAAACUAAAAAAGAAAACUAAUGACCCCCUCGACGAGAUUGAAAGCAGCCUUUUCGAAACGUGGAUUAAUGAGAUGAAAAGUAAUUAGACUUUGUAUAUAAUCAGCAUUAGGUAUUCAAAUCGCAUUUUUGCAGUCAAA